ACAGCCGCUGAAACCAUCAUCGACGCCAUCACAAUGUCUAGCAAGGACAUCCACACGAGCUCUGCGCAGCAUUACGAGCCAGAUCCCAACUCAUUUGUCGCAUUCCAGCGCAGCAUCUACUCAAGUCUGCGUAAACCAAAAUACUCAACAAAACCAUCACAAUGGGAGUCACAGGCUCGCUCCACCUUGCCACUACCGAACUUCAACUACAUUCAAGGUUCAGCAGGUUCUGAGCAGACAUAUGCUGCCAAUCUCUCUGCCUUUGGACGAUACAAGCUACGCCCAUGGAUGCUGAGGCAAGCGACUAUCCGCGACCUGUCCAUAGAGCUCUUUGGCCGUCGCUACAAGAGCCCCAUCAUUGCUGCCCCGAUCGGCGUGCAAGAAAUCGCUCAUCCCGAUGCUGAAGAAGCAACGGCACGAGCUUGCGCUGCUGCUCAAGUGCCAAUGGUCUUGUCAACGGCAGCGACUAGGUCCAUUGAACAGGUCGCGACGGCCAACGGUGAUGGUGAUAGGUUUUUCCAGUUAUAUUGGCCUGUACCUCAGGCUGAGGAACUCACGGCGAGCUUGCUCAGUCGCGCUAAAGCAAGUGGUUUUACUGUUUUGGUUGUUACGCUCGACACUUUCAUGAUUGGUUGGCGUCCCAGCGAUCUUGAUGAAUCGUACCUCCCUUUUGUGUACGGCCAAGGAUGUCAGAUUGGGUUCUCCGAUCCUGUCUUCCAAAAGAUGUUCGAGAAGAUGCAAGCCGAGGACACACGAGGCCCACUCGAAAAGGCAGUCGAGAUAUGGGACAUACUAAAACGCCCCGGUACUUUCUCAGGCUUCGCAAAAGUCCUUGCAAAUGCCAGCGCGAUGAAGAAGGCAAUGCUUUACAUCAACCUCCUCGCCUCGGGCACGUACCGGGAAUGGUCUCACUUGCAAAUACUGCGAAAGUACUGGGAUGGACCCAUUGUUCUCAAGGGUAUUCAGACGGUAGAGGAUGCGCAUCGGGCAAUCGAGUACGAGAUGGAUGGUAUUGUUGUAUCGAACCAUGGAGGCCGACAGCUCGACGGUGCCAUUGCCUCUUUGGAUGCGCUCGCUGAGAUUGGCGCUGACGAGAAGGUCAAACAAUCUGGCCUAACCAUCUUAUUUGACAGCGGUAUUCGGACAGGUUCUGAUGUUCUGAAAGCCAUUGCGUUAGGUGCGAAAGCUGUGCUCGUCGGGAGGCCCUACAUUUACGGUCUGGCGAUUGGCGGAGAAGAAGGCGUCAAGCACGUCUUUGAUACCCUUCUAGCCGACACUGAUAGUUCCAUGGCGAAUCUAGGAAAGAAAUCUUUGGUGGAGAUCAGCAGAAAUGAUUUGAGGGUUCUUGGAGAGGUAGCAAAGAUGUAA